AUGAGGGAACCAAAACUUUGCGAUACAAGUGUAAAACAGUAUUCUGGAUAUUUGGAUGCUCCUGAUGAUAAGCAUUUCUUUUUCUGGUUCUUUGAAUCAAGGAAUAAUCCAUCUGAAGAUCCUAUAGUUCUUUGGCUUAAUGGAGGUCCAGGAUGUUCUUCUUUGACUGGGUUAUUCUUAGAACUUGGUCCUUGUAGUAUUAAUGAGGAUGGAUCUGACACCGUAUAUAAUCCUCAUUCAUGGACAAAUAAUGCCAGUGUUAUAUUUUUGGAUCAGCCAACAAAUGUUGGUUAUUCUUAUGGAGAUAGCGUUUCAAAUACGCUUGCUGCAGCAACUGAUGUAUAUGCAUUUUUGCAAAUCUUCUUUAAAGAGCUUGAGCAGUAUGCUAAAUUGGAUUUCCACAUUGCCGGUGAAUCAUAUGCUGGUCAUUACAUACCAGUACUUGCAUCAGAAAUUAAUAAAAACAACAAAAAGUUAAGAGAUCACCUACCAAUAAAUCUUAGCACUGUUAUGAUCGGUAAUGGCCUUGUAGAUCCAUUAACCCAGUACAAGUAUUAUCCUGACAUAGCAUGUAAUUCAAGUUAUGGUCCGGUAUUAGAUCAAGGGACGUGCGAUGGUAUGAGAAAUGCCUACGCGAAUUGUGCUUCUAUGAUCAAAAGAUGUUACGACUCGCAAAAUGUAUUCGUCUGUUUACCUGCCUCUCUUUAUUGCAAUCGUCAAAUCGUCCAGCCAUUCUUUAAGUCUGGCAAAAAUCCAUAUGACAUUAGAAAAGAUUGCGAGAAUGAUAAUAAUAAUUUGUGUUAUCCAAUCUUGGAUGUUAUUGAGUCAUAUUUAGAUCGAGAAGAUGUUAAAACUGAGUUAGGAGUGGACCCAGGAAUAGAAUUUAAAACUUGUAACAUGAGAGUCAAUUUCCAAUUCCAAAUGGCAGGUGAUUGGAUGAAACCAUAUCACAAGUUAAUACCUGGGCUAUUAGAUGAUGAUAUCCGUGUUCUGAUUUAUGCUGGCGAUGCUGAUUACAUGUGUAAUUGGAUUGGCAAUGAUGCCUGGGUCAAGGAAUUGGAAUGGUCAGGAAAAGAAAGUUACAAUUUAGCCAAUGAGACAUCAUGGAUUGUCAAGAGUACUUUAGACAAGGCCGGUACUAUUAAACAUCAUAAAGGACUCGCCUUCUUGAGAAUCUACGAAGCUGGUCACAUGGUCCCAUAUGAUCAACCAAUAAAUAGUUUAGAUUUCUUUAAUAGGUGGCUAUGGAAAGACUUGUAA